AUGUCUUACGUGGUCGACACUCUUACAUACGGCGGCCUGAUCUGGGCUGCUUACCUCGCUGGCUUGGUGAUAUAUCGCCUGUAUUUUCAUCCUCUCGCAAAAUUCCCGGGGCCUAGGUACGCUGCCCUGAGCCGAUGGCAUGAAAUAUAUUACGACGUCUACCUGGGAGGGAAAUUUAUAUUCCAUAUUGAAGAUUUACACAAGAAAUAUGGUCCGAUUGUUCGAAUUGCACCUGAUGAGCUACACGUUAUCGACUCGGACUUCUUUGAUACUAUCUUUACCAAAGCUGGAAGAGUGGACAAAUAUGAAUGGUUAUCAAACCGCUUUGGCAAUGCUACUUCCACCCUGACAACAGCCCCAGAUAGCCUCCAUAAGCUGAGGCGAGGAGCCCUGAACCCUUUCUUCUCGAGAAAGCGGAUUAUUAAUCUUCAAGAGCUUGUUCGAGAAAAGAUCGCGAUUCUGGUCGGCAAAAUCAAUGAAUACAAAGAAUCAGGGGCUCCAAUGACUAUCAGCAGAGGAUACAUGGCUCUCGUCGAAGAUAUUAUCAUGCAGUACUGCUUUGCUCGGGAUUACAAUCACCUUGAAACUCCUAAUUGGAAACCUAUCUUCCACGAUCCUUUAAUGGCCAUCAGCAUGAGCGGGAAUGCGGCCCUUCACUUUCCCUUGGUGCCCAAGAUAAUGGAAUGCCUACCUCAGUCUUGGGUCGUUAAGCUCAACCCCUUAUACGUUCCCAUUUUCCGGCUUCAAAAUGACUUGAGCCAGCAAAUCCGUAAUUUGAAAGAAGAUAAAGUCGAUGCCAAAGAUGGCCGCGCGACCGUGUUUUUUGAGUUAAUCCAUGGUGACCUCCCCGCAAGCGAAAAGGAAGAUCGCCGUGUGCGAGACGAAGCACAGCUAAUUAUAGGCGCUGGCCUUGUCACGACCUCAUGGGCGCUUAGCGUCGGCACUUUUUUCCUUCUGAGCAAUCCUGAAGCGCUUGCCAAGUUGCGACGCGAGCUGGGAGAGGCUAUCAGGGAGGACAAAUACUCUAAAACACUCCUUCAGUGGGCUGAACUAGAAAAGUUGCCUUAUUUGACUGCUGUGAUAAAGGAAUCUAUUCGACUCUCCUAUGGCACAUCGUCACGUAACGUCCGCCUCUCCCCCAACUCCCUAAAAUACAAGGAUUGGGUGAUCCCAGCACGCACACCUGUGUCCAUGACAAUUCCCUUCCUGAACCAUGACGAGGAGAUAUUUCCUGACUCCCACGCCUUCAACCCUGAGAGGUGGCUGAAUUCGCCGAAAACAAGCAACGGAUCAAACCUGGAUCGAUAUUUUGUCGGAUUCGGGAAAGGAACAAGAUCGUGUUUAGGCAGCAAUUUGGCGUGGUGCGAACUCUACCUGAUCUUUGCCACCAUAUUCCGAUAUUUCGACUUCGAGCUCUACAAAACCGAUAAGAGCGAUGUAGAAUUAGUGCACGAUUAUUUUUUACCGUUCCCGAAGCUCGACACAAAAGGCAUUAGGGUUCGCGUGAAGCAGUAA